AUGCAAUUGCCACCGGCUGUUCUCGCAGCUAUUUUGGACGGCCCUGCACUAGAACCCCCAAAAGGAGUGAAGCCAAAUUUCAAUAGCCACGAUACGCUCGCGAUAUACAUCUGGCCUACGGUGCUCUUAGGCCUGUCGCUUUCGACGGUAUUUCUCAUCUUGCGGAUCUAUACCAAACACUUUAUAACGCGUUCUAUGUCAUGGGAGGACUGCGGACGACAUCAAUGGGAUACUUCGGUGAGAGACUUGAUUGACUUGCUUUAUUACGCGAAUAUUGUUCAAAUACUCUACGGCCCCACCAUGUUCACAGUCAAACUUUCAAUCCUCUUACAAUACAUGCGGAUCUUCGUACCCAGAAGAGAAGGAAACAUGGCGAUGUUUAUCUUGAUUCAUAUCGUCUUAUGGGCUGAUCUCGCAUUCUACACGGCGGACACACUUUUCGAAAUAUUCUCCUGCAAUCCCCGAGAACUGAAUUGGAACAAGUUAAUCGAUCAUGGAAGCUGCUUCAAUAUCGAAGCCUUGAUUAUAUCAGCCGGAGCUAUAAACGUGGUUUCAGAUUGUGUGAUCCUCUUCUUACCAGUGUUCUCAAUCUGGAGACUGCAACUAUCGACCAAGAAAAAGGUGCAGAUAAGUGCUGUAUUUGCUUUUGGCUUACUAGCCUGCAUCUCCUCAAUCAUACGCCUGGUCUACAGUAUCCUACUAUUCAAGACGGAAGACCGAACCCGCGCAUUUAUACCCACAGGUCUAUGGUCUGUCGCCGAAGUCUCAAUUGGCUUUAUCUGUUCCUGCCUUCCUGUCGUGCCGAAGUUCUUUCAGGUCGUGAGUGAGAGACUUACAACCAACAAGUCGAACACCACUCCUUCGCGUUCCUACUACAGAUCCUUCGAUGCCCAGAAGAGUAGCGCCAGUAACAAUCCUGGAAAUCCGUAUGAUUCGAGAAGAGAUUUGGCUCGUAGUGAUGAGCCCUUUGAAGGUUUAGAGCUGACCCCGGGGGUUGGGAAUCGCCACAUCGACAUUAGAGCGGGGAGCAGGAGGCCUAGCGGUGCGGACGAGGAAGGACAGAUCUUGAAAACUGUUAGGGUUGAAGUCAAUUAG